AUCUGCAUCUGACAUGGCUGACACCAAGUGAUGCUGGCUCUGUUUGGGAAUACAAAGACAGGGGCAGGGGACCACUGAGAGGAAGCAGCUGAUUUGAAACAGUGGAGCUGCUGAUACUAAAUCAACAUGAGUAGUGAACUUAACAUUCCAGUGGACCCUUCCACCCCUGCUGUCUCUGAGAGAGGAAACAAAGGCAUGGACUACAGAGACUGGGUCAGACGUAGCUACCUUGAACUAGUCACAUCCAACCACCAUUCUGUCCAGGCUCUUUCAUGGAGGAAGUUGUACCUCAGCAGAGCCAAGUUAAAGGCCUCCAGCCGCACCUCAGCAUUGCUGUCUGGAUUUGCUAUGGUUGCAAUGGUUGAAGUCCAGCUUGAGAUGAAAUAUGGAUACCCACAGCUGCUGCUGAUAGCAUUUAGUGCUUGCACAACAGUGCUUGUUGCAGUCCACCUAUUUGCCCUCCUGAUCAGCACAUGCAUCCUGCCCAAUGUAGAAGCUGUGAGUAACAUUCAUAAUCUGAACUCUGUCAAUGAAUCCCCACAUGAUCGUAUGCAUCCCUACAUUGAGUUGGCCUGGGGAUUUUCCACAGCUCUUGGGAUCCUUCUUUUUCUUGCAGAAGUUGUUCUUUUGUGCUGGAUAAAAUUUCUACCCAUAGACUCUGCAUCAACACGAAAUGAAACCACUGCAACUCAAAAGCCGCGUGGAAAUGCAGGGUGGAACUCUGCACUGAUUUCAACCAUUAUUAUGGUGCCUGUUGGAAUCAUCUUUGUUAUCUUUACUAUUCAUUUCUAUCGUACUCUAGUGAGGCAUAAAACAGAGCGUCAUCAUCAAGAAAUAGAGGAACUCCAUAAAUUGAAAGUACAACUUGAUGGACAUGAUCGGGGCAUAAAUGUAGUGUAAGUAAGUUAGAGCAGAGAUGCACUGCGAGUUCACACCUAUCAGAGACAUAAAACUGAGGUGUAAGACCUUUGGUCAGAAAUGUUGCACAGUGCAGCCCGUUUUUACUCGCUGAGAAAGGCAAAGAAUCAAAAACAAAUGACCUAAUAUUUUACAGUGCCUCUAUGACUAGUUUAUUUUACUUGGCCAUUUAUAUAGCUAGGCCUUGACUUUGUUGUUAUGUUUCUUUUUGACAGGUAACUGAAAGGGAAAUACAUUUAUAAAGAAAACAGCAACAUCUUAACUAGGAUCCAAGGGGAGUUUUUAUUCCUUACAGACCGGUACCGUUUUAACUCCCACUGUAAAUAUAGUUCCAGGGACUUGUACAGCUGAACAAACACUUAUGGUUUACAGCUUCUGUAGCAUAAAAGGGAUUUUUGGAAAGAAGGGAGUAUUUGUAACCAGCAUGGGAUGAACUUGAUAUUUGGACAUUAAUUUGUUGCAAAUAACAUUAGGAACAUCUAUUGGCAAAAUUCAGCACUCUGCCACUGGUGGAAAUUAUACUCCCAGCAUGCCCUGUUCACUAAGCUGGCUUGGAACCACCUGCAGUGCUUAUGUUUUCCUACCCCAUGUAGGUUCAUGCGUGGAGCAUUAUCUGAAAAACCCUUUCAAUGAACUUGUAUAGAAUUAUGAGAAUGUUUUAUCUGCUCUUCUUAGUUUACAUUAAUAUUUAUUUGGUAUAUUUUUUGCAUGGGUUUUCAACCCACUCUUGUACCGGAAAGGGGAAUUAGUGGCCAAAUUGUUUUCUGCAAAGUUGCAUUAACAGAGAUUAACUACAAUUGUAGUUUGUGUAAAUAAAUGAUCAGAAUUUGUUUUUUUUGUGCCAGAGGAAAAGCUGGGGGAGGGGGGAUUUUUUGAAUUGGGAUUCCUAGCAAUGCCCUGGCAUUUUGACAGCAGUUUGAAUUUUAUUACAAUUUUUUUCCCUGAUGUUAUGAAGAUUUGUUACCAAUUCGUGUUAAUUUAUCAAAGCAUUAAACUCUUUCUCUUACUGGCUUA